UGUGUUUGUGUAUAUGUUCAGUAGUAAUAAUUAAUAGUAGGGACAUAGUAAAAGGUAAUUAAUCUCGAAUAAUGUCAAUCAAGCGAGGUUAAAUCAAUUAAGUGCUGACGUUCCCACUAGAGUCACGUUGGUUUGGCUACGAUUUAAAUACUAUUUCUGAAAGAAACCCAACACCCAAGUCUUUACUUUUUACUUGUUUGCAAGCACACUUGAUUUAACAAGGCCAGAUUAAUUAAAGGACUACUGAAAUUAGAUUUUCUUAUUUAAAGGGGGAUAGCAGGUCCAUUCUAUGUGUCAUACUUGAUCAUUUCGCGAUAUUGCCAUAUUUUUGCUGAAAGGAUUUAAUAGAGAACAUCCACGAUAAAGUUCGCAACUUUAGGUCGCUAAUAAAAAAGCCUUGCCUUUACCGGGAGUAGCAGAUGAUGUGCGCGUGACGUCUCUGGUUGUAGGGCUCCUCACAUCCUCACAUUGUUUACAUUCAUAGCCAGCAGCAGCUAGAGUUAUUCGGACAGAGAAAGCGACAAUUUCCCCUUUAAUUUGAGCGAGGAUGAAAGAUUCGUGGAUGAGGAAAUUUAGAGUGAAGGCCUAGAAAAUGAAAAAAAAAAGGCGAGGGCAGUGAGAGCGAUUCAGAUGUUUUUAGACACAUUUACUAGGAUAAUUCUGGGAAAUCCCUUAUCUGCCUAUUGUGUUACUAGUGUUUUAGUGUGUUAAAUAGUACCUUAAAGUUGGAGCCUUGUGGCCACGGGUGUGUUGACGCCAGAGUCUCUGAGAGAAGUCACGGCAGCUGCAGGAGGACGCUAGCUCCGCUGAUAUCCGGUAAGAUGUCUCCACCAUGUCUCUGAAGGCCAUGUUACAGGAGAGAAUUGGCGUGGCCAAAACGCUGUGUCAAAGGGCCGAGAAGCUCAAUCCCUCUGUGGAAGGCAGAGGAAAAUUAUGCAGCAAACUGCGAGCAGAGCUCCGCUUCCUGAGGCGAGUGGAGAGUGGCGAACUGCUCAUCAAAGAGUCUCACUUGCACAGCACCAAUCUGACCCACCUGACCGCCAUCGUGGAGUCUGCCGAGAGCCUUGAGGACGUGGUCGCCGUGCUGCAUGUCUUCUCCUACCAGGACGCCGCCAGCCGCAAACAGACGCUGGUGGUGGACGUGGUGGCCAACGGUGGGCACACCUGGGUCAAGGCGGUGGGCAGGAAGGCUGAGGCACUACACAACAUCUGGCAGGGGCGGGGCCAGUACGGCAUCAAGAGCAUCAUCCGACAAGCGGAGGACUUUGUGCAGGCGAGCUGCCAGCAGCCCGUUCAAUACCUCCACCCCCACGUCGUCUUCGCCUUUUACAACGGCGUGUCCAGCCCCAUGGCGGAGCGCCUGAAGGACAUGGGCGUGUCUGUCCGCGGUGACAUCGUAGCCGUAAACGCGGUGCUGACAGAGGAAGACGAUGAUGAAAACGAUGAGGAGCAUGAGGAGGAAGAGGAGUCCGAGCUGACCAGAGUGGACCGCGACAACGUUGUGGCAAGCCUGGCAUUCCCUACACAAGUCCGCACCGAAGAGUGUCCCCGCGUCAACCUGGACAUCACCACGCUCAUCGCCUACGUGUCAUCGCUGAGUCACGGCCGCUGUCACUUCACCUUCAGAGAGCACGUUCUCACUGAGCAGGCCGCUCAGGAGCGCCGUCAGCAGGUGUUGCCACAACUCGACGCUUUCAUGGCGGGGAAGGAGUUGUACGCCUGCGCCGCUGCCGUCCAGGACUUCCAGCUCAUCCUGGAUACGCUGGGCGGGCCCGGCGAGAAGGAGCGCGCUCGUCAGCUGCUGGACCGCCUCCACCUGGUGGAUGACCGGCCUUCAGAGCGGGCAUUGCGCCUCACGCCGAGUGCCAAGGUCAACCGCCGCUCCCUCUUGAUUUUUGGCACCGGAGACUCGCUGCAGGCGGUCACCAUGACGGCAAACAGUCGCUUUGUCAGGGCAGCGGCUAAUCAGGACGUCCGGUUCAGCGUGUUCAUCCACCAACCGCGAGCUUUGACUGAGGGCAAAGAGUGGAGGGCCAAGCCAAUCAGUGCAGCAGCUGAUGGGAGUUCAUAAAGUGUUCAAACUUGAAUAAAGCAUACAUAAAAUU